AUGUGGUGGUUCUUCAGCGUCGUUUUGAGCUCCGUCUUCCUCCUCAGCAUCGUCCUCUCCAUCCCGGUCGCCUUCGACGUCGGCGGUCGCGACAGCGGGCUCGUCUACAGCCUGUCGCUCUUCAUAUACUACUUUGCCUACUCGGCCAUCCGCAUCGUGACGCCCGAGCGAUCGCGGCUCGGCUGGAGCAUCUCGACCCUCCUCCGGCUGUCGCAAUGGAUCGUCAUCCCGUCCCUCAUGAUAUGGGCCCUCGACAAGUUCGCCGUCGACGCCGGGAGCACGAAUUGGGUCGAGCGGACGCUCGGCGGCGUCCUCCAGUCCAACAGCCGGAGCUGGUCCGAAUGGGUGUUCGGAAAGGACGGCAUCGUCGAGACCGUCAUGCUUGGCAGCUGGGACAAGGUCCUGCGCUACUCGGGCCCCGUCUUCCAGCUGCUCGAGGGAUUCUGCACGCUGCUCGUCAUCCAGGCGGCCGGCCAGAUGACCCGCUGGCUCGUCAACCGAGGGCGGAGUGACACGUGGGUGAUCAUGCUCCUGGCCCUGUCGGGCUCCAUCAUCGCGAGCGCCGUAUACUUUCUCUGGCGGGUCGCGCAGUUCCCGCAGAUCAGCAACGUCGAGGCGACGCUCAUCGGCGUCAUCAUGACGACGGCCGUCUUCCUCUGCACCUACGGCAUCGGCAGCGGACGCGGCAGCCCGGUGGAGAGCUCGCUCCUCUUCGCCUACGUCGUCCUCUGCGUGUACCAGAUAUUCACCGACUACCUGCCUUCCGACGGCACCGGCGAGGCGGGCGAGCAGGGCGCGACGCAGCCCGAGAUCCCGCCGCUGCCGCCCAUCAUCAUGGCGUCGUACUCGACCCUGCUCCACAUCCUCGGCUCCCUCCCGUCGGCGAUGCACUCGUCCCUGGCCCUCCUCUACGCCGCCUUCCAGACGAUCACGCCCUCGGUCAUCGUCUCCCUCACCUACCGACUCUUCGUCUUCUACUCGGCCACGCGCAUCAUCCCGUCGGUCAAGGACCUCGGCGCGCGGGCGCUGAUGCAGGAACCGGACUUUGACGACUCCGAGACGGCCAGCAAGGUUCUCGGCUUCCUGAGCUGGUUUUCGCCCUCGAUCCUCGUCGCCGUCUACACGAGCUUGCUGCUGCAGCACUUUUCGACGAGCGAAGGACCGGACGGCUGGACGCUACGGGGCGGCGAUGUCGGAGGCGGAUCGUGGCGUUGGAUCAACGUCGGCCUGACCACCUUCCUCUACGGCGUCGAGCUGUACCUCGGGUCGGACGAGCAGGACCACUGGAAGGUGGACUGA